GUAAUGCUUGCGUCGAAUUAGCCGAUCAUAACGUCACUCGUGUCUGCUGUCUAAUAGAGAUCAGAUCAGCAGAGCUCCAGAAAGUGAUUUUUCAACUUUAGAUACACCGAGAGCAAAAUAUUAAAGCACAGUAUUAGUCACUGGGAGUCCUUACUGCAAACGGACUAAUAAAAAAUAAGUUUUAUUGAUUUUAAACGUCGGAAGGAACCCGUCACCUCCCUGUUGCUUUGCUAUAAAGCCGUGCGCUCCAGUCAGCUUUGUCACGGAAACGUGCAGCGGAGACGCGCACUGAAGACCUGUAUUAUACUGUAUGUGGAAGAUAUUGAAAUAGAAGAGAAACACAUACUCGGAAGAAAAUAAGCGUUUUAGCUUACGUUUUUGAAGUGCUUUGUGAAAAGAAAAGUUACUGGCUGCAUCAUGAAAUUUUUCGUACCGGUUGUAGUGGUCUUUUUUGUUUUGUGCCAAGUUUUUGGAGAGGAAAUGGGUCCAAAAGAAGACCCCGAUUACUGGACAAACAACAAUCAAAUACAGGAUGAGUGGCUUCAGACGGAUCCAUUCAGAGAGAUACUUCGGCGCAUGACGAGGAAACCCCGACCACAUCAGUUCAUCGGUCUGAUGGGGAAACGGUCCUCUGCAGCAAACGCACAGAUUACACGAAAAAGGCAUAAAAUCAACUCUUUUGUGGGGCUGAUGGGUAAAAGAAGCCAAGAGGAACCAGAAUCAUAUGAAUGGGGAACAGUACAGAUCUAUGACAAAAGGCGUUAACAGCUCAAAUGGGUCACCGUCACAUCUGCUUCUGAAAGGAUCAUGUCAUUCUGUGAUUCUUGUUACCUUUUUUUCCAGAUCGGAUUUCCAAUAAAAAAUAAUAAUUUUACAUUGUGGUGAUAUGGCACAGCCGCACCUGUGCCGGUUUAUUUACGGAUCAAACUUUUCCAUCGCUUCUAAUUUACUGUGAUCAAAUGUGUUUGUGUCAACAUCUCUCCAGGUGUGGUGGACCAUUAAAGCAAAGCUGUGUUCUCACUCGAGUACACAGAGAUUUGCGUUGACAAUGUCACAACAUAGUGCCUCAUAGUGUUUUCACCAUGACUGACGAUGUGCUACAAAAACGACUGAAUACUGAUGUACUACAAAUACUUACAGUCUGAGUGUGUUCUCAUAGACUUUGCAUGUUCUGUCACUGCUGUGAUUAAGGGGUUUGGUAUCUUGGUAUCUCUGUGUGAUUGUAGCUUGAUAUUAAAAAUAUUUUCUUUA